AUGGUUCGCUGCAUUGUCACUUGUUCUGAGCACGUGGGCCACCUGAAUCCAACGCUUCCGGUCGUGAAGGCAUUGGUGGACUCAGGUCACGAGGUGCAUUUCUUGUGUUUGGAGAUGGCGCGAGAGAAGGCCGAAGCGGUUGGAGCUGUGUUCCACAACACCAUGGACGUGCAAUCCGAACUCUAUGCUGGCCGUGGCUUGGAGAACUCGGAGAAGCCCAAACUCGCUAUUUUUAGCAUCAUGGAAGAACGUGCUUUGGAAAUGUCGUUCCUCAACAUCUUGAAGUGCUUGAAUGUCAGCCUGGAGCUAGAACUCCCCGGCACCAUCCGUUUCUUUCAACGUUUGAAGCCGGAUGUUUUGGUCUACGACCCUUUGAUCACCAGUCGAGCUGCACCCCUGGCUGCCCAGGUCUUGGGAAUCCCUUCAGUUGGCCUCCUGACACUGGCGGGACCUGGGGCCAUGGCUAAGCACGGCCCCGCGCUGCUGGGGACAAUGUCCUUGCAGGAGGCAGGGCAACACACCCAGAGUUUUGCCGAUCAUCUCGCUGCGACACGGCGUAUCAACGACGUCUACGGCUUGGCUUUGAAGACCACGCACCUCCUCCCGGAUGGCUACUUGGACACCUGCCUUGCCAACCCCGUGCUGGUGACAACGUCCGAAGAGUUGCAGGACCCUACAACAGAGGCCCUGGCCCAGGCCUAUGCGCAGGACGGCGCACGCUUCACUUUUGUUGGUCCCCUCCUCUUGCCGCCUCCGCCUGACAUUGAGGUGAACAGCAUCAUCCACAGGGUCCGAGAUGCCCGCGCAGCGGGCAAGCGCAUUGUUGCAGUUAGCAUGGGCACUGUGAUCACUGGCGAAGACAAGGUAGCAGGCUGGGAUGCUGAUUUCAACGGCCAGAGUAUCUCCGGCCGAGAUCUUUGUCGCGCAGUCUGGGCGGGCACCUUCGAUGCGUGCAGCACGGCAGAUUUCUUGGUUGUCGCGGCCCUUGGAUUUCAGCAAGAACCUCUGGGAAGCGUCCGAGUUCCAUCUGGUGCCUUGUGCGUGACGUCGUUCGCGCAAGUGGAGCUGUUGAGAGCCGGUGUGGAUGUUUUCGUGACACACGGCGGCCAGAACAGCUUUACGGAGGCCUUGUCCUGCGGAACUCCAGUGCUGGUCUGUCCUGGAUUCGGGGAUCAAGUUGUAAAUGCUGCGAAAGCUGUGGCUUUGGGGGUCGGCCUCAAAGUGGAUCGCCCAAAGCUCGCAGCGCCGGGUGAAGCCUCUGCCGCUGUAAUCAGGUACAGGGAAGAUGUGCGAAGAUCAGUGCUGGAAGUCCUUGGUACACCGAGCUAUCCUGCGGCAGCACGAGCGCAGGCUUCAAAGCUCCGUAGCGCUGGUGGGGUUCGUAAGGCAUUGGGCGUGAUCCUGAAGGCUGCAGAGAUGGUCUCCGUGCCGUACUUGGCACCAUCCGUGCCUGCAGCAGCAGGGGCUUGA